AUGUUUCAACAUUCUAGUUAUGACUUUGCAACCUCACCAACAUCCUCAACGGAAAUACCUACUCGUGUUAUAAGGGUUGGGAGGAGCACAGUGGAAGUUAAAAGGGUAUCUGGCCGGAUAUUGACGGUGAAGUUGGCUAUUGAAGGGGUGCUACUGAAUGUGAUCAAUGCGUAUGCCCCACAAGUAGGAUGCGAAUUGGAGGGGAAGGAAGAACUCUGGAGUGAACUAGAGGAAGUGGCUCGGAGCAUACCGACAGCAGAAAGGAUAGUUUAUGGGAGCGGACUGCACUGGCCAUAUUCUAUGGUCGUAUCUGGAAAGAGUGUAGCAAAACAACAUAGGGGAGUGAUUAACAAAAGCUUUGAAGUGAAGUCGAGGAGGAAAUUUAGGACAGAACCAAAGAUCAAGUGGUGGAAUUUAAAAGGACACUUACACAUAGCAUCCAAGGAAGAGCGAAACAAAGAAGAUGAAGAUUCUUGGUGCUGGAAUGAAGUGCAGGAUGGCAGAAAUAAAAAGGAAGGUGCAAAAAAGAAAUGGGACAGACAAGGCGACAUGAAAAGCCAUCAAGAAUACAAAGAUAUGUGCAGCAGGACAAAGAAGGCAGAUACAAAGGCAAAAAGAAAAUGUGUAUGA